AUUUGUAUUUUUGACAUACAAAAAGCAACUAUCAUCAUCCGGGCAACAGAGGCGAGAAAGAGACUAAAACUGUGAGGAAAAGCACCCCAAGAUUACUGAUAUUUUCCCUACACUCAGAACGAAAAACAUAAAGUACUACAUCCAUCAAGAUCUAGAACAACAACAAUGAGCACUGAGUCUAGGAAACACACAAAAGUCAUGAUUACUCUAAUCGUGCUCCUGUACUUCUCUGAGGCACUUCCGGCAGCAAGAGAACGAAGAAGUGGUAUAUCAGACUCCAGACUAGCAGAAAUAGAAACUAGACUGGCAUUAAGUAAACCAGUGGCCUACGGCAUUUUUGAUCCAGUAAAAAUUGGCAAGCGAACUUUCCGUCGCUUCCAACCACCACCAGGAGAUUUCAACAAUGUCGAUCUUGUUUACGCUUGGCUUAACAUGAAAAACGCCGAUUAUUUGAAAGAACCGAUUAAUGUAGUGAAAACUCCGUAUUAAAGAAGGUAACCAUCGAAUAUACUGUAUGUUUACGUAUUAAAGUUCUACACUGAUAUGCAGAAAUAGAACAGCAGGUCUUCUGUAGAAUAAACUAUAGACGUAAUCGUUGUCUUAUAUAUCCAUUCUUCCAAAUUCAAGUUAACAUUUCAGCUAAUGUGAAACAGCGUAUGCAUCAUGAAGAUAAGGUUAAACAUAAUUAUAUGUUAUGAACUUAAUAGGUAAAAAAAAAAUCUUGGUAGCAAACUUUAUGUAAGAUUAAACACGCCCUUGACGGCUAGACCACAACAGUUGUUUGUAAUAUAUUACUAUUCUCGCUUUCGAUCUAAUUUUGCGCCCUCUAUUUACAGCAAUGAAAUACUAAGAAUCUCUGUUUUCGGAGUUAUAUAGCAAGCACUAUUUGUUACUGCGGGUAUAAAUACCACGUUUUUAUAAGACCGACCAUAUCACUGUAUUAUUUAAUUGGGUAAUAAUUAAUAUAUAUAUAUAUAUUAAUACUAAUUAGUAAAGUAAAAAACGAAAUAUUCUAAAAACAAUUACUGUUUCUUCACAAUUACUGGCUAUAAAGUCAAACUGGACAAGAAGACUAAGUUAUCGUAUUUUCAACAUCAAAUAAU